GGUUCCCUGUGGCCCCGCCCCUCUCCUGACAUGUAUGUUGUAGUCUCGCAGGUUUUCACCAUCGUUUGUGUUUGUAAUUGUAAAAAACGGGACACAGAACACGACUGAAGGUUUCUCCAUUUAUCAGCAAAAACACUCGACUAUCCCUGAGACCGUGUUCAUCAUCCGGACUCCUUUAAAGGUACGUUUUCCUGCGUGUUUCUCGAGCCGUGUUGAUGCCUUUUUCUCGUUUUGCUGAUAAUUACAGUCAUUAGCAUCCAUCUUGAUAGGAGCUAAUUAAAACCACUGCAAGAAGACAUGGUCGGCCUUUUAUUCAAACAAACCCCAACCUUUGUGUGUUUUAUGAGGAUUACAACGUCUGACAACCUCUUCAUAUAAAUAUAAACACCAUUUAUUUUCCUCAAAUUAUUUGUUAAAUAAUUCAACAGGGAUACUGAGAGUAAUCAUUGAGAUCUAUCUUUACAUUAUUCAACGUAUAUAAUGCAUUUUCUUUGUGUCAGAGCUGAAACAAAUAUUAUAUAUUGUUAUAGAAUGCGGUAGUUUGGGUAAUUCGCAUGUUAACACGCUGUGUCAGGUGUUUGAUUCAGAUUAAUCGCUGCAGCAUUCACUUUUAUUGGUGAUCAGGCUCCGAUGCUACCACGUGUUAAAUCUCAUCACCAUGGAAACAUGAAGUUUAACAUGUUGUCCACUUCCUUAAACAAACACAAGGAGGUAGACUACAGAAAAGAGAACAUUUUCUGAGCAGGACCCAGACAUGAGGGAUCCCCUAGCAACUAUGUGUUCUUCAUAGCAACGGUUUGCCAGAGGGAAAUAUCAGACCGUUGCUAUGGAGUGUGUUAUAGAAUCAGAGACAAAUAUUCAGCUCAGCCUGGUGAAACCUGAUUUUAUUCUUACCUAAUUUAAAGUAUCUGAUUACAAGUCGUGUACCUGAAUGCACCACCCAGCCCACCUAGCCUGUAUCCAUUUACGGCAAUAACUGAAGUAAUGCAUUACUAAUGCAUGACUCAUGAUGAUUUAAUACGAGUUAAUGGAUCAUUAAUGUGGAAGUGCUCAAGAUAGAUGGUGAUGGAUUAAAGGGGCACUACACCCAUUUUUAUAUGGCCUAAAUGUCUUCCAUUUAAUGUUGGAAAUGUCAUUUUAAAUCUCAGGAGGAGAUCUCAGCAUUGAGUUCAUGUUUAUACUUUCUUACAAAGGUUAAGCUGCAGGGGUCAAGUGAGAGAUGCUUUGUGAUUCAUUUAUUGAUUUGUUUUAUAUGAAAGACGGUUUAUAUUUUGGAAGUAUGUCACUCUACUCCAAACUAAGAUGGAAUUUUUAAUCUUGCAUUUCUUACCUCUAAAAAGCCAACAGGAUAAUAAAAAUAACAUUUCUGUAUUAUGAGACAUAAAUGCAGCAGCCUUCUUCCAAAGUGUACAAACAGCCUCCCUGCUAAUUAUUAAUUGAUGCUUUGCUUAUGCAUGAUUCAUCCUGUUCUAAUGAAUGUUAUAAUGCGUCACAUAUAAAGACCUCAUGUGGAUGAGGAUUAAUGAAUGAUCGGGUUUCGCUACAAAGCCUCUAAUACUGCUGCAGUGAAAUUACUGAAGAUACCAAUCAUUAGAAAGAAUGAAUUCAACACAUGAACACUAACUGAUGAUUCCAUGGUAAGAUAACACUAAACAGAGUUAAUGAAGACCAACAUAUUCAGCUGAUGCUCGGGUCAUUUAACUGCAGGAGGUCUUAAACAUGCUGAAUAUUAUUGUAAUGAUAAAAUCACUUGUGUCCAUGCAUUUGUUAUUGUGUCAUUCUUUCAUUUUAAUGAGCAUUUAUUAAAUAAGUACAAACUGAUGCAGACAAAAGGUUCCUCCCACAGCUUUGAACAUUUUCUUCUUAAACAUGACUUUAUUACUAUGUGUAUCUUCAUCAAUCUGACUGAAGACACUGUUCUGCUGUAGACUGAGUCCAUCCUGAAGGAGUUUUUGUGUUUAAUUAGUGGGUUGAAUGUGUUUUGGUUAGCAAAAGGGGUAAAAAGCUAAUACAGCAGCUUUACUAGUCAAUCCCUUCUGCAAGUCACUGCUUCAUAGUAAAGUAUGAGUUUAUGUUGUGUUGUGUAUGCGCGAGACAUAUAAGCUAUACUUCUGCACAACGGGAAAAAGUGUCAUCCAGUUUUAUGUACAGUCGCUGCAGAAAAACUACUUCUGAGUUUUGCAAAUAAAAGCUGUUUUUCCCUUUUAUUUCCAGGUGUGAAGAGAUGUCCGUGUGGCAGCAGGAGCCGUCUGGUUUCUCCUCCUGCGUAGAGAUCGACUCCAGCUCUGUGAGGUGCAAAGACCGGCUCGGCUCUCCGGCCUGGCUGAAGCAGGAACAGGAUGAACUCCGUAUCAUCAAGUGGGAGAAUUUCCAGUCGGGAACGUCGACUGACGCUGUCCAGGACAACACACCCAGCAGCGCCAUGUCAGGUAGGAGCGCUUUUAUACAGCUGGUGAAGAUCAGUGUGGUCUAAACUGUGAUCUCCAGUUUGAUAUAAGUGGAUUUACAAUAUAAUACACUUUAUUCCCCUUGACUCAAAGCUGUGCACACAUGGUCCCCACAUUCAGACUAAAACAUAUUGAACUCUUUCCUCUGGCAGCUUCACAUGUCGAGAGUCUUCCUCCGAAGGUGCUGCUGACCAUCACUAAGCUCCAGUGCAUGCUGGAGAGCAAACAGGAGCGCAUCGCAGCGCUGGAGCGACAGGUGGAGGACCUGAUGCAGGACCGCAAGUUCCUGAGGAGCCAAAUAGAAAACCUCACAAGUAGCCGCUCCAUGCCGACGUUUGCGUUACCCAAUCCAGUCUCUGAAGGUUUGUGUUUAGAGUAAGGACAUGUAUUUUCCAGAAUGGUUUUAUUUACUCGAGGUGAACAGUAAUUCAUGUCAUUUUUUUGCCCAGCUCCAAAAUCCAGCAAAGGGCAGCACUCAGAAAACAAAUCCCGCAAAAGAGAGCGGGUUUCGUGUAGUUCCUCUGACAGCAGCAACAGCAGCUCUGAAGAAUCAGACUCUUCGGAGGUUUCUGCAGCUUCGAGUGACCACAGGAAGAAAAAACACCACAAAGACAAGAAGAGAUCGAAGAGAGGGAGGGACUACACCAGGAAGAGAGGUAAAAUAUGUAAUCCAGAGUAUUUGUAGGAAGUUGUCAUUUUAAAAAUAGGCUGUUUGGCAACCCAUGUGUAACUGCAGUAACAACCUCCUCCUCCCUUUUUUCUUCUGAGUACCUGUGUUGCUCUGAAAAGCACGUUCAUUACACUUUCUUUGUCAUUCCUACCCCAAGCCACUGAUGUCCAGUAUGUCAUCCACCGCUACAAACAAGUCCUCGCAGCUUUCGUCAAGAAGAAAAGCAUGAGCGAAGCCUUCCGUCACCUUGGAAUCGACCGGAACACCAUCGCCAACACGGCAUCGAUCGCCGAGCUCCACCUGGCAGGUAAAGAGGUGGUCCCUUUGGUUGGCAUGUUUCGCCAAGGAGAAGAGACUCUGGUCAGCUACGCCCAAAGGUGCACCCUGGCCAUCGACGCCGACGCAGACCUGUCGAGGAGAAUAGACCAGAUGAAAGCGAACGGAGAGCUUCUGCCCAUCUCAGGGAAAAGGCCCAGGUUGUUGCAUUCUCACAUGCAGCAACUGGGGGGCGCUGCAGACAGCAUUGUAAUAGGUUAAUGUUUAUUUCACUGAACAGAGAAGGGGUGAGACAUAGGGCCCGGUUUACUAAAGGUUUGUGUGUUUAAAAACGUGUGCAGACUUCAGAGCAUCCGCAAACAAACACACAAGAUUGCAUCUUUCAAACGCAUGAAAUAAUACGCAUUGGGGAGUGAAGGGUGUUUCCACCCUGCUGUGAAAAAUGCUGGGAGGGGAAAAUGCAAAAAGGGGAAUUUAACACAUAAUUUUUUAUUUCCUGAGUCUGGAAAUAGUUGUUAUUUUUACUGCAAGCAAAUACAACACCUUUGAAAAGAAGGUGCAAAUCCAGGGGAAGAGUGCUGACUUUCCGAGUCCGAAAUCCGACUUCAAGGGGGGCGUUCCGGAUGAAUUUCAGGAUGGGAACUCAGAAAAUCCAACUUACCAGUACAGCUCAAACACAGCAAAAAUAUACAUAUAACCUGGCGUAUAUUUGUGGCAACUUUACAGCCACGGUAGCCUAUAGAAAAUGAAAAUCAACUUUUAUGUCUUCAUACUUUCACCAGUUGUUUUCUUUCUACCCAAGGAUUUCCUCUUUCACGAGACGGGCGUCUCUUUUUUAAUUUCACCUUUUGGUUCUCCUUGUUUCAUGCAUUUACUUCCUCACUUGUACUCUCCCAUAUCUCAUCCCUUCUGUUACUAAUAUUCAGAUUUCAUAGGGCUGAAUUUCAUCUCUCCAUAGCUUCAAUGAGUUAAACACGUAAGACCUUAAUUUAAAUACCACCACCUCUACAGUUUUUGCUCCUGAAGUCAUCAACGCAGUUCUUUUUAGUAAAUCACCCGCAAAACGCAAGCAAGCAAAACAUGCAAUUUGUUGGGAUGUUCACACAAUUUAGCACUUGUUAUUCUUAAUCUUAGUAAAUCAGGCCCAGAAUGUCCUCACAAGCUUAUCUUAGUCUUUCUCACCUUGAUGGGAACAGAACAGAACAGAUUGAAAAUAACUCAUGUAGCAUUUUCUGAACAGAUUUCUUUCUCCAGGGAAACCAAAAUGUUACUGAUGUAUCUUUCAGUAUUUGCAUUUAAAUCUCCUUUUGUGCACUUUUAGGAUGUGUUUUUGUACGUGAUAGCCACAGAAAAAAGAUCAUGUCUGCUUUCACCAAUUCAUCAACAUUUUUUUUAUUACAACCCCAAUUCCAUAAGAUCUGGGAUGUUGAAUAAAAGGUUCAUAAACAAGAUUUUGAUCAUUUGCAAAUUAUUUUAACCCCUAUAUUUGAUUAAAAGUAGUGCAAAGACAACAACGCAUGAAACCAUGGCCUGUUAGCAUUUCAUGUUUAAAUUUGAAUGGUAUAGAUUUAACCUGCACUUGCAGAAGGAAAAUGUUUAUAGACAAUGCUUUAAUAUGUGAUUUAGAGACAAUGCUGUGAUUUCCACUGCAGAGUCAUGUCUGUUUUUAAUAUAAUGUUGCAUGAGAGCCCAAAGAUCAAGGCCGUCUAGUAUUGUAGUCCCAACCUGUUGCAUAUUAACCUAGAUAGUGGAGUGAUUAUUGUCCAGGUUUUUAAGUGUUUAGUUUUCCCCGUCCCAUCUGUUCUGAAACUUGUAAAAACCAAAUUAUAAAGCAGCUGAUUAUAUGAAAUAUUUUUCAGUUUCAAUAUUUAAAUUGUUGUCUUUGCACAAUUUUAAGAAUAUAAGCUUUAAUGUAUUUGCAAACCACCAGAUUUUGUUUUUAUAAACAUUUUGUAAAGCAGCUCAACUUGUUUUAAACAGGGGUUGUAUUUAAGGGCACUUGAAAAUAUUUAGUUUUGAAAUCCACCACUAGAUGGCAGUAGCUACACAUAGGAUCACGCUUACUCCAGUUGUCAUUCACUCCAAAAUGGUGGAAAGUCAAUUUCCAUUUCCCAGUGCCUGUUGUCUGUUAAAGCAUUGGCUUUCUCUUCAUUGACUUUGUGAAAAUAAUUUUGUUUACUUUAUUCUGUUAUUUGUAUUCUGUCGAUUCUCAAUAACUGCGGUUGUUACAAAGUGUGAUUUUGUUUUUAAAGCUGCCAACAAAUGUGAAUGAAAACUGUUGGAUCACAUAAAGAAUUCACUGAGAAA